AUGCCUGGUGCUGUGAGCACAGAGGAGAGGACGCAGGCCUCUCCCCUCCUCACUCCCACCCCUCCUGGCCCCCCUCCUCCCCAAGUCUCUCCUCCAGUCUCCCCAGCCGCCCCCCUACCCCGUGCCGCCUCCCAAUCCAUUGCCGCCUCCCCUCCACCUGCCGCCUCCCCUCCCCCUGCCAACUCCUCUCCCCCUGCCAUCUCCCCUUCCCCAUCUUCUGUUCCACCCUCUCCUCCAUCUCCCCCGCCCUCGUCGUCCAUCCCCCCCACCCCCAGCAAGACAUCCGCUGACAACAGUGCCCCUGCCCCUCUCCCCACCUCCCCUCCCCCCACCUCCCCUCCCCCCACCUCCCCUCCCUCCAGUCCCCCUUCCCCCGCUUCCCCUUCCCCCAGUUCUGCUCCCCCUAGCCUCUCGACCCCUGCUUCCAUUCCCCCGGUUUCCCCUUCCUCAACUCCCCCUCCCGCCAAUUCCCCUUCCCCCAACCCCCCUCCCCCCACUUCGCCUUCCCCCAUUCCUCCUCCCCCAACUAUCCCCGACUCCAGCUCCCCUUCCCCUCGUCCCUCUUCAGUUGCUUCGCCCUCCAGCCUUCCCCCAACCUCCCCGUCUCCCCCUUCUGAUGCGCCCUCCCGCCCACCCACUUCCCCAGAUCCUUCCCCCGCCUCCCCUCCUUCCCAAUCCCCCGUUUCCCCCAACCCUCCUCCCUCCCAACCCCCAUCUGCGUCUCCUGCUCCUGUAUCUCUCAGUGGGCUGAAUUUGUCUGUAGCAGUGCAGGCAUUAUCUGGGGUAGAUGACAACUCACAGGUGGCCGUGGCAAGUGUGUUCGAUGCUGUGGGUGGGAUUUUGGCAGAGCUAAAACAGGAGAAGGAGAAACGGGAGGAGGAGGAGGAAGAGAGAAAGGAGGAGGAAAAGAGGGAGGAGGAAAAGAGGGAAGAGAAGGAGGAGGAUUGUAAGGAGAAGGGAGAAGGGAAGGAGGCAGGGAAAGAGAAGGGCAACAAAGCAAGAAGCGAAAGAGAGGAAAAAAGAGGCGAGAAAAAGGAGGAGGAAAGAGAGGCGGAAAGGGAGCUGGAAAACGAGGAGUAUGGAGGGGCCUUCUCAACAGGCUCGCCCAUGGGUAAGAUGGUGGGCUCUGCUACAGCCAUGGCUGCCAUAGCUCUGGCAAUGAACGCUACAGGCGGAACUAUUGAGGCUGCUGCUGAGACGUCUCAAAGGGAGCAUUGUGGGAUGGUAGUGGCAGGAGGGCAACGGGCAGGGGUGGACAAGAGUGGGGCUGCAAGGGAAGAAGCAGCAGCCAUGGAGCAGCUAGGGAGGGGAGCAGGGGGGGAGGAAGAGGAGGAGUUAUCCGAGAUGAUACAGCAGUGGGGGUCGCAGGGGCGCAUGCUGAGGGUGGUGGGGAAAGCGGCUCUCUUUGCGGAAGGGCUGUACGGCGCAGUAGGGUUGUGCGAGCAGCUCAUUGCUCUCACAGAUAUUUACAAGCGGGCACUCACUACUAGGCUCCUUUUCUCGCUUCUCCUCCUCAUCCUCCUAUGGUCGCCCAUCCUCAUCCCCCUCCUCCCCUCACUCAUCACCACACUCACCUCCGCCUCGGGCGAUCCCGCGGCGCCACCUGUCGUCACCACAGCCCUGCUGGCUGUGGGUCUCUACAUAGCCCUGCUGCUGCUGGUGCGCAUCUGGGGCAGGACGGUGAGGAGAUUUGAGCACCCAAUUGAGCAGUAUGGAUUUCGAGUGUUCGAGUCAACGCAGGAGGUGGCAUGGUUGGCACAGGGUCUACUGCUGGGAUUAUCCCUGCUGCUGCUGCUACACGCCUUACAGCUACAUCUGCGCCUCACCUCCCUCAACCUCCCCUUCGACACCCGCCCAUCCUUCCACCUCUCAUCCUUCCACCUCCCAUCCUUCCACCUCCCAACCCUUCACCUCCCAACUUUCCACUUCCCGACCUAUCACCACCUUCCCACCCUCCAUAUCCUUUCCUCUGCCUUCCACUCGCUCCUGCUGCUCCUGCACCUAGCUACCUCCUCCCUGCCUCACUGGAUACCCCUACAUUUCCCUGCUCCCUCACCCCUCUCAAUUGCUCAAGCCCUACAAGCCCCAAUCCUCACUGCUUCUGGUGCUUCUGCUGCUGCGACUGCUGCGGCUGCCACCCCCGCUGUCACGCCUACCCUCCUAGUCUCUCUCCUCCCCUCUCUCCUCCCAUCCCUCCUCUCCGCCCUCCUCUCUCUCCUCUUAUCAGCCACUCGCAUCCUGCGCCUUGUAGUGGAGUCGCUACUAAUGGGUACGGCUGUAGCAGUGGUGGAGGAGCUGGUCUUCCGAGGCUGGCUGUUCGAAGAGGUUCGGCAGGACCGAGGCUUGGCGUUUGCUUCGGGGGUCACUGCGCUGCUGUUUGCUCUCGUGCACUGGUGA